AUGGGUACAAAUGAGAACGCGACCUCGGGUGUAUCACAAAACCUCACACUUUCAGAUCUCGUCUUCUCAGAUCAAGCAAACCACAAGUUCUCCCGCAUUUUGACGGACCUCAAAAAGUCAAACCUGUCAAUCACCAACAGACUCAAGUCAAUCAAGGAAGACUCGGCCUUUGUGGUAGAGGUUCAGCUUGCCUAUGGUCGUCCCCUGAUCGCAAAUGAGCGUUGUGGAAGCUGGUACAUCCCACCUAGAGUCAAGCACGGUUCCGCAUACUUCAAAAGCACAGACGGCCAUACCAGUCAAUGGAAGUUCUCAACUCGGCGGCUCAAUUUGCAACUCCUCGAUAUCAUUCGCCAAAAUGACGGUUGCAUAAUCGUAGACUCAACAAGGCGUGGGAAGCGCAUGCCGGACGCACUGGGCAGAACAAUUCCCAUCUGGUGUUGCGUUCUCAACCGCGUGCUUUUCCCGGACCGUGUGUCAACCCAUGCCCUUCACACCCCACCAAACUCGGUGUCAGAGUCGGAGCACGCGCAAAUGGAAGCUCGAAUACCAGAUUUUGUCGAGUCCCUGAAAAAUCUGAACCUUGAUUUCGACAAGUUAAGACGACCCAAGAAACCACUACGUCCGAUGUGGAUAACACAGGAAUCGCAGCUUUUGGCUACCGAUGUCGUGUUUGAGGAUUUUCAUCCCGUGAUAUGUUGCACAAGCUCUCGAAGGGUCGUCGGCACAGAGUUGAGUGAAGGAGGCUACAUCCAGGGCGCGGGAGACGAUACAGAAAACUGGGCCUACGGCUUGACAGCUCAGCUUUUCUGGGAUCAUGAGCAUGAUCUAAUGUCAACUCCCGAGGCCGAAUUACCUGCUCUGAUUGAGACGCUCGUACAAGCAAAUCCAGCGAAGACUUCCGGGCAAGAGCCUCGCCAGAUAGCACCAUACAUAUCCGUUGCUCCUCUCGGUCAGGGCCAUGUAUCCGACGCUUUUACUUGUACCAUCUCCCUUCUUCCCGAAGUUACAGACGCUUCUAGUUGGGCGAAAAGCCCGACGUCUAUGGAGGUAGGUCUCGGGAAGCACAAGCUUGCAAGCCGUAACCUGAGGGCAGCUUUGCCCCAAAUUUGUGAUUUCGCCAAGUCAGCUCUAGUUGCAUCACAGUCAGAGCUCCAGGGGAUUCUCGUUCUCUGUGAGACUGGUAAAGAUAUCUCCAUAGGGGUAUCGCUAGCAUUACUUUGCCAAUUCUUUGAUGAAGAAGGCAGUGUCAGCAACUUCGAGACCCCAAAAGACGUAAACAAAAGCGUCAUCAAGAUCAAGCUGAGCAGAGUAAUGACUGCUUACCCGGAAGCUAAUCCUAGCAGAGCUACUCUGCAAAGUGUGAAUAGUUUCCUCAUGGGAUAA